AUGAUUGAUCUGGAUACCAAUUCGUGGAAGGAUCUAUCUCUAGGCCUCGUCGAUAUCCAGAGGAAUGCUUUGGCCCAUGUCUCAUCUACAGCUUUUGCUGUCAUUGGAAGCACUCGGACAGCUCCUCAAGCCCUCUAUCGCGUCGAUAUCGGUGACAGUAUCUCUAUCAAUCUAAUUCGAGCCACUGUCGAGCAACCUAUAUCGAGUACUCUGAUCUCUGAGACACGCCAUAUCACCUUCCCCCGAAUAUACAGCGAAGGUUCCGGCAACGCGCACGCCAUGUUCACUGCACCCAAAAAUCCAGCCUACGAAGCGCCCGCAGGGACACUGCCUCCUUUACUGGUCUGGAUGCAUGGUGGUCCAACCAGCCACGUCACUCCUGCACUCGCUCUUAAUACCCAGUAUUGGACGUCUCGAGGGUAUGCGUAUGUGUUGGUCAACCACGUCGGUUCCACGGGCUACGGACGAGCUUACCGCGAGCUUCUCGACGGCGGAUGGGGUGAGGCUGAUAUUGCCGAUGCCGCCAGCUGCGUUGCGUAUCUCGCCUCGGAGAAGCUUAUCGAUGUAAACAAAGUUGGUAUCGUAGGCGAGAGUGCCGGCGGCUACGCCGUCCUGCAGGCACUCUAUACGCAUCCCGAUGUUUGGACUGCUGGUAUCAGUCUCUACGGCAUCAGCGAUCUGCAGGGGUUUGCAGAAAUCACGCACAAAUUCGAAAGCCAUUACAUUCUCGGGCUCGUACUAGGCAAAGGCGAGUGGACUAAGGAAGCACGGGAAGCUCUCUAUAGAAGACGGAGUGCCGUUUAUCAUGCGGAGAAGAUUAAGGCUCCUUUGUUGCUUCUGCAAGGAGAUGUCGACACGAUUGUGCCGAUGUCCCAAGCAACACAAAUGGAGGAGGCAAUGGAGAAAGUUGGAAAGACGGCUGAAGUGGUGAUCUUUGAAGGGGAGGGGCAUGGCUGGCAUAAAGAAGAGACGAUCCGGGCUUCAAUGGAGUUGCAGACUGAGUUUUGGAUCAAAACUCUACUUUAA